UGCCGCUAACAGGAUCGCUGGGUGCUGCUGCUGCUUCCGCAUCGUUUCGACGACGCCGUGAGUAUCAACAUUAAAUAUGUGUGCCGAUUCAUCUUUCAUGAGUGUACUAGUAGGGUAAAGUCCACAGAUACCCCGUUACUCAUUAUUAACUUGCUGAGUGACUGAGAGAAUCCGUUUGAAUACAACUGGCCGUAUUAAUCCUUUUAAAUCUUUAAUAAAGCAGUUGUUUUAUUGUUGUUUUCAGAGCGAUUAAACCUGAAGUUUAUCAGACACAAUGAGGGAAGCUUGAUCUGUUCGUCUAAAUCUGUCUGAAGUCUAUUUAUGGUGGACUGCUCUUGAAGCUGAGUGCAGGCGCUUUGGCUCGAAAUUACAAUUAAAUGUUUGCUUUUCAGUUGCCAUUUGGUUAAUUGUCCUCUCUAGAUAAGUUAUGUGCGGGUGGUCCUGCCAGGCGGAGUCUUUCAGCACUGUACAGCUCAGGACUUCAUGCACGGAUACCCUUUCUUUCUUCCCUGCAUGUAGAGAGGUGUCAGGGUGUCCUGUGCUGAAAGCUGCUGGGAACUAGAUGCUGCACUUCAGUGUCUUCAAGCGGCUGUCAUCAGUGAACUUGUCAGACUGGAAAUUCAAAUGCAGUCUCCGACCUACUAGCACAAUGACACAUACAAUUAAUGCAGAUGACAUGCAACAUAGUCUUUCUCUCAGCUCCAAAAAACAACUGCAGGAGCAAUUGCAUUCUGAACAGCAAGAAGUUGAUGCCAUUAUUCAGCCGCUGCUGGAGACUGAGGCUGGAUUCGUAAAGAACCUGGAUCGCUACGUCACUCACAGAGGCGCACUGGACCUGAGGAAACGUAAACUGCUCCAUAAGCGCUGGACACAGAGUGUGUGGCAGCCGGUACAGCAGAGCAUUGAGCAACAUUUUACACACCACGGCUACACGGAGACACAGAAGAUGAGCUGCAUGCAUGCACACUACAUCAACUACUGCAAUGCUAAGGGUUUUGUGUUUCUAGAGAGUUAUGAUCCUCUGGAGUACAACCCCUUCCUCCACCAUUUCAACACACCACAUUAUCGCAAAAUUUCCACCCCACCUUUGGAGGAUCCCCUGUCUCUUCAGUCACGAGCCAGGAUUAAGGAAAAGACAGCAAUACUUCGCUGCCAAACAGGUCAUGCAUAUCGUCGUCAACAAGUGGAGGAACUUCUUCAGAGUCCACCUGUUUCCCAGCAGAGCUGCAAACAGUCACGGGUCAAAGCCUCCCGAAACACUGCCUCAGAGAGACUUUGGGAGAACCGCGGUCUGUUUAAAUCAAGGAGUACAUGCGCUCCAUAUUGGGCUUUGGCAGAGGAACGGUGCUUUCUCCCUCAGUGCUGGUCCUGUUGCUGAUGACAUCAUUCAUUAACUAUUUAUUGAUAUGAGUUUGUAUGUACACACACAGGUCUUCCUCUAUUGAGAAUGGUGCUUAUUAACAUUAAAGUAUAAUAAAUGA